UCCAGCCUCUUUCCUUGCUGUCAUGAGAAGACUGAGCACAUGAGCAAUAACUUCAGAACUCCUCUAGGAAGUGUUGCUAUGAAGAAAGAAGUUAGAAAUGACUGAUGUGGAGCCUGUGGUCACAGAUUUUGCAUCAUCGGGAAGGGCAGGUCGUCGAAAUGCCUUACCAGAUAUUCUGGGUUCUCCUGCUGGGGUUGGGGCAGGGACUUCAGACCUGCCACACAAACUAACUGAACUUUCUGUGUCAAAAGAUGAAGAAGCAGAGGGUGGAGAAAUAUCAUCCGAAGCCAUCUUGGAAAACCCAGAGAUAGAAGGAAAAUCUAAUCCUAAUCUCUAGAGAUUGCUGGAUUUACAAUGUCCAUCGACAGACUUUACAA